AUGGAUCUGAACAUUGAGAACAAAAAGAAACAGAUCCAUUUUGCCGGGGUGUUGGUCGACCAAGGUGGUGAGGAUGAUAACGAGGAUAUUGCCUACGGCAAUGUUCAGAUUGUUUGGUGAGGCCAAUGCUUAUGCCUGAAAAUGGUCGCAAAUUUAGGUUCUAUGUCUUCAACUACCUUGUUAUGUUCAUUUUCACGAUGAUUGCGGUUUAUUUGGCAGAAACGGAAUAUGAUCCACAAACAAACUUCCAGUUAAAUGGAACAUACCGAGUGUUGCAUGAAAAUAUUGGAUAUUGCGUGGUAAGUAUUGUGAAGAUGUGGUUGUAACAAAUUUUUAACUUAUUGUUGGCAAUGUGUCUGUGAAAUGAAAAGCAAAUAUUAAAAAAUUCUCUGCGAUUUUAGGAGAUGAAACCUGCAGAUUCAAGGGUUGAAUGGUUGUCGUUGCUACGAAUGGUCGACACUUAUGUGUUGUCAAAUAUUAUGUUCCGACUGGCUUGUGGAUUGUCAUUGUGUUAUCGAGUAUUUAUGCCGUGGGCCUUAUGGUGAGACAUAUAACAUUUUUUAUCAGUUUUUACGCAGCUCAUUGUGCUUUUUUUGCGAUUUAGCUUACGUAGAUAUUUCGUAGAGCGGCGACACAACUUUCAAUGCGCAAGGGCAUUAUCUUCUAGAUAGACUGACAACGGCUCAUAAGACCUUUAUAGGUUUUUGGUUUUGACCGUUAAAGACGCCUUUAAAACACUUGCUUAAACAGGAAUGGUAUAAAAAAAGUGUUCGUCUACCUUUUCGGAUCUUGAUCUCUCUUUGAAACCUGCUUCCAAGAGCAUGAAAAUUACUAAUUAAGCAAGCGCAUUUCAGUCAAUCUUUGAUCUUUAAAUCCUAGCUGGUUUUAUGCUGUUACUACCGAAACAACAGGGUAUGAAUACAAAUACACGCAGUGUAAAAAAUUGUCGUAUUCGUUUUAGUACGACUAUUUUUUAAUCAUUCGAAUACGUUGACCGUUGUAAAUGUAUGAUAAUUGGACUGCCUAUAAAUUUAUGGUAGUUUAAAGUAAUAACAUAGUAAAAUAGCAUUACUGUCGCUUUCAUCUAAUUUACCAUGGAUCCCCAUUCUUCAAUUUCCUGAAAUUUCAGGGCCAAACUCGUAUUCUACUACCCUCGCUCCCUGCCAUUCAAGAUCUCCGCCGGGAUUAUGUUGCUUCUCCAAAAGGUGGAAGUCUGUUGUCUGAUGAUCUUCUCCAUCAACAUGCUCAAGUUCGAUUAUAAAUGCAAGUGGCUUAUAAAAAAAUAAGUAUAAAUAAUAGUUGUUAUAAUUAUAAAAUUUUACAAAAAUUUUCUUUUUAGAUGCCUAUCAUCUUUGCUUCGUAGUGUGGCUCGUUUCAAACCCGAUAAUUAUGGCGAUCUCCACCUGGCUUCAUGUUUGCGACGCGUUCGAAAACUUAAUCGACCGAUUGGGCAUUUUUAUGAAACUCGCCGCCUCGAUUGUCUUUAUCUGGUAUGCGCCGAGCUUCUAUUUCACGCAUUUGGAUUACAUUUGGCAGCCGAAAUGCCAUCCAUACGUAAAUUAUGGUCAAGCCAUGUCCGAAUAUCUAACGUUCAUAUCGUAUUUCGUAUUUAAUUUGUGCUUGUUAUUCGAUAUCAGGGAUUUGCGAGGACUUGUGUACCCGCGGAGCGUGGCCGGUGAAUGCGAAAUGGUGGUGCCGAAGAACUUCAAAAAAGGCGAGAGAUACGAUCGAUGUCGGUGA